GUUUAUUGAGUUCUUAGCAUUAGCAACAUAGGAUAACCUUUGGUAUUUAGCGUUACGUUAGCAUACCAUUUGCACAGUUACCAUAGUAACAAGAUACAAGAUCUAUAGAGAUGCUAUAACCAACGCCGAGUAACGUCUGACAAUUUGGACGGGCUCGGUUCUGUGCAUCGUAAUAGCAUUAACAUGGCUCAAGUGAAACGUUGAUAUGCGUUGCUGCUAAAUAACGCAGAGGACGUCCUUGUUUCAGGGAUGGGACAGCCGCCUGUGGUGAUCCUCCGCAGCCUCAUGAGUGGCAGGUAACGUUAGUGACGGUGCAAAAGCAAUGUUGUGCCGCUGUGCACAAUGAAGAAAAUAUUCAACUUCACCAAGAAAAAGAAACACCCAUCCGGUACUCCUGACAAUGGGAGUGUGCUUUCUGUUGGCUAUGACCUGAAAGACAAGGACCUCGGGAAGGUUCACAAGGCUGCAUCAGGGGGUGAUCUAGCAAAGUUGAGGCAGCUCGCCAAAAAGAAUGAUAUCAAUCAACUUGACAAGGAAAACAGAACUGCGCUUCAUAUUGCCUGUGCUAGUGGACAUGCUGAAGUGGUGCAGUUUCUCGUUGAGAGCAAAGCCAAGCUUAACCUAUGCGACAAUCAAAAUAGAUCCGCCCUAAUGAAGGCAGUGCAGUGCCAGCAUGAUUCCUGUGUCAAAAUACUGCUGGAGAAUCAUGCCGAGCCUAACCUGGUCGACAUCAAUGGCAAUACAGCGCUACAUUUAUCGGCAAACAUCCCAUCCAUGUCAACUACUAUCGCUCUGCUGGAGCACGAGGCCAACAUCAAUGCACACAAUAAGGAGGGAUUCACACCCUUGAUUGUGGCAGUCCGUGAGGACCAUAUCGAGAUGGCUGAAUUUCUCCUCAAAGAGCGGGCUGAUAUAAAUAUCAUGGACCAAAGCCAAAGGUCCGCUUUAAUGUUAGCUGCAGGCAAUGGACAAAUCAGUAUGUUGCGGAUGCUUCUGAGGUUUGACGCCGAUAUCACAAUAAAGGAUACCAAAGGAUGGUCAGCCGAUGAUUACGCUGUGAUGAAUGGGCAUCAUCCAUGUUCCCUCCUGAUCAUUGAGCACAGUACCCAGAAGAAUGAAGGGCCCUCUAUAUCAAAUCAAGGGCUGAGCAAGAAGAAGACCGUGUUGGGUAGUCCUUCCCAAAACAUUGAAGCGGGCUUCUCUUUGGGAGGACCAGCCAUUGAUAAAGAUGAGCACCGAGCAAAUGAAGCAGGGGGAGAUUUUGAAGACAAUUCUCAGUCGGAGUCUUUAAGUCGGGUUUCAAAGAGUGCUGCAGAUGAAUGGGCUUCAUCAGAUGAUGACGAUGAAUCCGUUUUAAUUGAAAAGAAACCAUCGAAGGUAAACCUGAGGAAAAUGAUUGCAUCUAAAAGAGGAAAAGCUUCUGCGAUACCUGACAAAUCCCUGAGCGCUACAGAAUCUGAACCAGAGAGUCAGAAUAGAGUGCAGAGAAUCCCAUCCCUCCUUAAGGCGUUACCGUCCAGCAAAGCUCCCCAGCGCCCAGUAGAUCCUUCUCCCAUGUCCUUCCUGUCCAAAGCACCCCAGAUGUCUUCUACCCCUCUUCAAAGCUACAAAAAGAAAGAAGAUUCGACUGGGGAUGAGGAUGAUGAUGACCAGGAUGAUGAGGAGGAAGAGGAUGAGGAGGAGGAUGAGGAAGAAGAUGUCUCAGAUGAUAAUGAACAACUUGAAGCAAGUGCAGAGUCCCUUGAGGCCUCAGCUGUUCCUGAAACAGAAGUCUCUAAAGAUAAGAAAAGGGAUUUCCUGUCCGAGCUGGGUCUAGAGCAGGGAGAGGAAGAGCAGGACUCUUGGGACUCUGAGUCCCACUCUGAAAACCCCAAAAUUCCAAAGCAAGAGAAACAAAGCUCGCUUAUCAAAGUUAAAGAAGACACUGUUGAAGAAGAGAGAAAAGAAGACUUGUUUUAUAUUCCCUCGUUUUUAAGAGAGGAAGGAGGGAAUAGGACCCUAGAGCCUCGGAGGAGUGUAGGCAGGCCGAGAGGCAGCCAGGGAGAGGUUGGAAACGACCAUACUGGUGAUAAUAGACAAGAUGUUGAGAAAGAUGGUGGGAUACAGAAAGAGACUGAGAAGUCAAAGUGGGAACCUCUUCGUGUUUUGAGCAAACUUGAAGCCGAUCACGAACAGCAGACAGACUUAAUGGAAGAGCUCGGUCUUGGUGAUGUUGAUGAUCUUGAAGAUGCGUCAGACUGGGACUCCGCCAGUACGGCCAGUAAGAGAACCCUGCCCGGCCGCAGAAUGCCCUCCCCUGGACUGGAGGAGUCCCCGGAAUGCUCUUAUCCACCUAAAGAGCAGGAAGAAAACUUUGCUACAGCUGCACCUCCAACAACUCCAAGAAGCAUCAACCCCAACAAAACAACACCCAGCACACCCCCUCAACCCGUGCCCCAACCCCAGCCUCGAGCAAAGAAGAUGGUGCCUGCAAAACCAGAGAGUGAAGAAGAAUCAGAUUGGGAACAAGACAAUGUGGCGUCCACUAGCAAUACAGCCAAAGUUGACAAUCAGCUGCAAAACCUAGCUGAGCUUCAGAUAGUGGUUACACCAGGUUCCCCUGAGCUCUCACCGAUGGCAAGAGACCCCAAAACUAAGGAAGAGUCUGACCAGGAGCAACCAAAGGAGGUAGAUGGUGCAGUAGAUAUAUGCGAGCUAGAUCUAAAUAACUCAAAUCCAUCUGGCCAUGCGGGCUCUGACGGUGGAGAAAAGGAUCAUAUCUUUAAAGAUCAACCCAGUUAUGAAGAAAGGGGUGAAGCUAGUGAUGGCGUCCCAUGGGAGAAUCGCUACGAGAAGCUGUGGGUGGAGGUGGAAAAACGGGAGGUGAAAUCCACCUUCAAGAACGUUGCUGGGGAAUUAAAAGAGAAGUUUGGAGAACUGCUUAGAUCAAGACAGACUGCAGAAGAAGUCGUAGAAGAAGAACAGGCCGCGGCGGAAUCUACUUCAGAGUCGAGCGAUGAAGACGAAGAUGGGGAAGUGAUUGUGCGGCCGACGGCCAGAGCAAGGAGUACCGUCCUUCUCACCAUACCCGAGCAGAGGGAGUCUGGACAGGAAGACUCUCUGGCGGAUUCAACUGACAACUCGUUAUGCGAUGACCCGAUGCAGGUUUCAGCGCCCCCCCCACGUAGUGAGACCAACAUGCGCCGAGAGUCAGAUGUACUCACUGAUGAGGUACGCAGAUCUCCGUCACCUCCACUCACCACAGCACAAAGAAACAGCUGCGUAGAUCACGUUGCCACGGCUCUGAGUGAUGAUCAUACCAUGCACAUGUCCGAUGUUGACCGGAGCACAUUCUUAAAGGAUGAGGCCAAACUGAGGCCAUCCCACAAACCACAUCUGGACCUGAUCUGGAAGGACAGCAGUUCUAAUUUAGCUGAUCAAAACAACGCCAGUUCAGAAGAGGACCCUGAGGAAUUCGCCAAGUUUCGUCCCCCCUCAAUGAGCAGACGUUCAGCAUCACUCCCAGGUGUUUCUGAUGAAGAGCUCGAGGAGGACAUGGGAAGAUUUAAACUUGAGGUAGGGGUGCUGAAGGUUGUCUUCCAGGAUUUGGAGAAAGAAAGGGCCCAACUCCAGAAAGAGGUUGCCAAAGACACCAGAACGACUGCAAUGGUGGUGGAAACAUCCAGUACCUCUUGGGAGUCUGGUGGAACGGCAUUGGAAGAAGUGGGCACUGAGGAACCUGAGACCAGGUUAGGAGGCAUGUCAAUUCCAGCGGGAGCAAUUCAUCAGGAGAAACCGCCUGCAGCCAUCAAGAGCACCAACGGGGAACCAGUGCAAUUGCGUCUCCCACUCCAGCAGACCUACAAUAGCAGCAAACAGGAGGGACCAGCUGUAGAGGAGACCCUACAGCUGGAGCUGGUCCGAGGGGCCCCGCGCAGCAGAGCCCCUCAGACCAACGCUCAUGUCAAUGGAGAUCCUCUCUCUGUGUUUGACGAUAGCACAUUAAGUGAAGUGUCGGACGAUGAAGGAAGGUUUCCAGCUAGUGGACAGCAGAGAAACGAGAAUCCUGAAGAAGUGGAGAUGGCAGAAGACUUUGAUGAACUCACUCAGUCGUCGGACACAGCCACGGACGACUCUCCUACUUCAGGCUAUCGCCACGCGUCCCUCCUCAUUCAGAAGCUGGACUCAGCCACUUUGGACUCAAGAAGCAUGGUGAAGCUGCAGAACAUUUUCCACGAGUAUGAGCGCUCCAUCCAAAAGGCAAGGAGUCGCCAUGGGUACCUGUCAGACAAGGUGAGCCAGCUGGAAAUGGAGAGGGCGGAGUUGAACAGCUCUCUGGAGGAAGUUAAAGAUGUGAAAUCGGCCUUGGAGCGCAACCAGCUGGAGCUGCAGUCUGAAGUCCCAAACCUCAAAUUUCAGCUGAAACAGGAGCAGGAACAUCGCCGCAACGCCACCAUGAUGUACAACACGACCAGAGACCAGCUUAGAAGGAUGGAGGAGCAGCACCAGGUGGAGGUGCAGGACAAGCAGAAGGUGGAGCUCACCCUCAGGAACCUGGAGCUGGAGAUGAGAACACUGGUCAACAGCAUGAAGCAGCUUGAAGAGGACCACAGUGAGACCCAGAGACUGCUCGCUCAGGAGCGCAGCGCUCGGACGCUGCAGGAGAAUCUGCUCAGCAGCCAUCUCCGUAAGCAGCAGGAGAUAGAGCACGAGAACAAAAGAAACAUCGGCAAAAGCAAUGAGGCUUAUGCUCUCAGCUCACUGAGGCCAGUGACAGGGGAGAGCGAGCCUGCCCUCCAGCCCAAACUACCAUCCUCCAGGAGCAGAUGCUCUUUUAACUUACUAGCCUUUCACAUCAAACAGGUGAACGUAGCCAAUCAACGUAUCAGCAGCAGGCCUUUCCAGAAGCCUGUCCGAAGGCCAGAGACUCGCGCAAGAACAGCCUGCGAGAAUGAAGGUAUCACCGAGCCACACUUGCAGCGACGGAGAAAAGGGGGCCUCCUGCCCCCUGAGACGUUCCUGCAGCGGGAGAAGGGACCAGGAGGCUGCAUCCGGGUGAAGGAUCUAGAAGCCGCCCUGCAGGUGAAAGGAGGAGCAGGUGAACCGCGCCGGAGCACGGCAAGAGGCCGACAGGAGCGGCCAUAG